AUAACUUUUCAGAUUAAAACAUUUCCUUAUUAAUGUGCUCUGUUCAUGUUAUUUAAGGAGUAAAACUGAAAAUAAAAUGACCAGCAAAGAGAAAUUCAGAGAAAAUCGCAGAGCACUUUCCCACAAAAUGUCCACGAAUAUAAUUUGUGCAUAAGUGUAACUGAGUAAAAGACGAGUUUCCGGUGGUGGUGUAGUUGCAUUGAUACUUGUCCCACGCUGUCGACACGGGGUGAAGAAACACCACUUCAGGAGGUACGCAGCUGUUUAACACAAAAUCAAGUUAAGAUGGUUGGAAAGAUAAAACAUGUUCGUCAGAAGCUUCACCAGGAGCUGUUGAAGCUGGACAGGCCGAGCAGCCUCACUGCACCCCCCGCUUCUAGGCUGCCUCCGAGGUUAGAGAAGCCCUCUGUCCUGGACCUACACAGCUUUACUCCUGCACCUCUGGAGAACAAGCAGAGGGAUAAACAGGCACCGACAGAGAGCUCCUUCCCCUCUGGGAUCUUUGCUGGCACUAAAAUCACCCCAGAGGCUCUGGUACAAACACUGAAUUUUGAGGAAACUCCAGAUGUACCCAUACAUCCCAAAAAAGGCCCAGAAGAGAAGAGAGUCAAGUCAAAGAAGGAGACAAUGAAGGAGAGGAGGGAGAGGUGGCUCAACAAGAUCAGCUCCAUCAAACAGGCCCAGGAGCAGCAGGUGGCCGAGGCACGCAGACAGGCCACCCCCGUGGUCGGAGACCUGAGGCCACUGGUCGACGCCCUGCCAGAGCUCUGUCAGCUCCUUGACCCCCCCACCACUGUAGGCCCCACUGCUCGCCGCAAGAACAGGAAAAACAAAGUGCCAGUGAAGAGGCCCGAGCCCACAGACUUCAGUCAGAUGAAACAGUCGCAGAAACGUAAACUCCUAGAAACAGAGAGCAGCCGCUUCAGCGACGCAGUGAAGACUCUCUCUGGCAAAAUGAAUCCUCUGGCUGACAUUGGUGAACAGCUGAGGAAGAGGAUGAGGCAAGAGGAAGAGCAAGGUCCCAGCUAAAAGAAGCAGCAGCGGCUCAACUGAGACUCAAAUGCUUCCAGACUUUAAAGAUCCCUGAAUCCUGGCCUACACUUGCCUUUGUCUAGGAAACCCAAACCUGUCCACUCUCGUUAAAAAGGAGGAAGAACCUGUAACCUGGAAGCUCCUGACUGGACCCAGAUACACAGCAAAGAGUGGCAUUAAGUGUGGCAUUUGUAAAUGGUGACUUUAACAGAGGUUCAUUAGGGUUCCUCUUUCCUCGUUUCCUCUACAGUAAUAAAUCACAAUUCAUUCAAAGCUCAAA